AUGGCGGAUUUCCGCAACCGACUACAAAGGGCCCGAACGUUAUUGGCGCUGCCCGAAACGGCACUAAUCGACGACUUGACCGAGGAUAAACUCCUUAGGUUCCAUGACAAACUCAAUCCGCUUCUAGAGGGCGGAUAUCACGAUAAAUCGAUUCGCUAUAAAUUGGAUCAAGAGCCGGUUCCGCCGCUUCACAUCCUGCUGGUCCUCACAGCACCCAUUGGUGCUAUCAGCAACCUCACAGUUCGUCCUGGCGAGCCCCACUUCUUAUGGUGGUACUCGAUCUCUACUUAUUUCCCACUUUUGUCGGCUUGUGUUGGUCCUCUUUCCAACUGCAUUUCAAUCGUUGCCCUUAUAGAACACUGGCGCCAGGAUCGGACCAGCUUAAACCUCGUUCCAGACCCUCCCAGAGUGCUCGCAUUGAACGCGUUGAGCUUGGGUUUGGGAAUUAUUGGCAAUAUGUCGCUUCUCAUGAAUUUUUCAGGUACCGUCAAGUAUUUGGUUACCCAAGUCAUUUCCAUAAUAUGCUGGUUUCUGGCCAGUGUGAUCCUCAUGGCGGCCUUGUUGGUAGCUAACAAAAACUUUACCGGGAGCAAUCCUCGCUACACUCGUACUGAAGGGUUUUGGUUUGCUGCUUUCACCUGUUUCUUCUACUUUGUAUGUGCCACGUUGAUGUCGAUCAACUAUGUGGGAUAUCGCCUAAAGAUGUAUCCUCCGGUAUUCAACUUGGACAACAAGCAACGAUUAUUGAUGUUCUAUACUGUGUUUCUUUCGUUUUGGUUGGUCAUUGGUGCCGUGGUGGUAGACAAGCUUCUUGAUGUCACUAAUUACGGCAGCUCUCUCUACUUUUGUGUUGUGUCCAUUCUCACCGUGGGAUUGGGUGAUGUGCUUCCCAUAACCGCUGGGUGCAAAGUGUUUGUAUUGGCGUGGUCUUUCAUUGGGCUCUUGACGUUGGGUCUCGUCAUUGCCAUGGUUCGACAAGUCACACUUCAUUCGGCUGGCCCGACUAUAUUUUGGCACCAUAUUGAAAUAGCCAGGCAAAAUGCCCUCCAGGCUGCCAGGAGCAAAAACUUGGAUCUUGCUCCAGAAGAUGCUUUCAUGGAAAUGAGACUAAUUAGAAAGAAAGCUCGGUCUCAUCAGACUACCAUGUCGCUUAUCCUCGUUUUGCUUGUAUUCUUUGUGUUCUGGCUCGUGGGUGCUUGCAUUUUCCAUUACAUCGAAGGAUGGUCUUACUUCAAUUCGGUAUACUUUUGUUUCUUGUGUUUCAUCACCAUCGGGUAUGGUGAUUUUGCGCCCAAACAACCAUUGGGCAGGGUUUUCUUUGUUUCGUGGGGUAUUUCGGCAGUGCCUUUGAUGACAGUGCUUAUCUCGAACCUGGGAGACAAGUUGUACGACUUUGGUGAGAAAAUAAGCGACUAUACAUGGAAAUGGUUUCGCAUUGAUUCUUAUAGACAUUUGAGAGAAAAGCACGACAAAGAAGUUGCUCCCAUAGAUGAAGACAUGGACGGUGGUAUUGUCCGACAACUUGAGGAAGAAGAGGUACUGGAGGAGGAAGAUAUGGAUCUGAUCGUUGAAACAUUGAAAUCACAUUCUCGAAAAGAUUACGAUCCUGACACCCCCAUUAAUGCGGUGAAACUCAGCCAUGAUUUAAAGUCGCAUGUUACGCAGCGAAAGAAAACGUUUCAGAAACUUCGGCUGUCGCUAGAAUUGUUAAAGCCUAUAAUUGAAGAUUCCGUUGGAGACCCCUCCAAGCGGUAUUCUCACGAUGAGUGGAAAAAAGUCUUAGAUACGGUGGCCGCACCUCCGCCUAAUACUGACGGUAUGAGUGCCAAGGUGAAGCAGGAAGUCCAGGAUAGAGCGAGAUACUACUGGCUAAGCGAGCGGUCGCCGUUAAGACUUCCGAUCAUGGAGCCCAACUAUAUGAUUUUAAAGUUGUUUUUUCGAGUCGAACAUGACAUCCAGUCUAUGUUGGAUGACGAAGGAGAAGUUCUACGUAACUUGAAGACGUGGAUAGAAAGGGCUGAGAGAAAAGAAUCCGAUAUGAACACUGACUAG